UGCCGUAGUGCGCUGAGCUGAGAAACCCGCUCGGCUCUGACACACUACGGGCGAGGACUUGGCGUCGAUGAGUUUUGUUUCAAGUUGCCCUUUCUUUUUUUAAUCAGUAUUACUAUCUUGUACAGUUGCGAAAAGGACAACUGAUCAGCAUAUUUUCCAUUAUGAAACUUACGUUUCUUGUUGCUUUGGCGGUUUCUUUCGUCGCAGAUAAUUUAUCUCUUCCUGCUGGGGUAGAGACGAAGAGGGAGGAUUUGGUGACACGCUGUAUCGUUGAGGUCCUGUCGAAGGCACUGUCCAAACCAAACACUCCGCCGGUGGAUCCAGAAUGCAAAGACAUUCUGAAAGCAGGCUCAAAACAUGGAACGGAAGAGAAGAAGAGUGGUGAAGAGGUGGUGCGUCCUGAGGAAGAUCAAAGCCAGGAACCCGAAGAGGAAGUCAAAAGGCACGUGGAGGAACCUGACCUCAGGGAGGGGGACAAAGAGGAGGCCGAGAACCUGAAAGACCUCCUGAAGACAGAGGAGGAGAAACGACAAAUCCAUGAGGACAAAAUGACAGAGGGGGAGCAGCACCAUCACCUAGUGGACAGAAGCCACCAUGUAGACAGUGCAGAGGAUGAGGGGGAGGUGUCUAAGCGAAACCACCACAGCGGGUCAGAGCACAGCAUGAGGGUGGGGGAGGGACCAGGAGAGGAGUGGGACCAUGAGACUCAAGAGAAGAGAUCUGAUGAGUCGGAGGAGAGCGAGGAGAGAGAGAAACGCAUUUGGAAGCCCUCUCAUAGAUAUCACCAAAAAAAGCACAGGCGGAGUGGAGAUUCCUUGGAGGAUGAGUCAGAGGACCUGAACUCUGAAGAGAAGAGGUCUGAGGAGUCAGAAGAGAGUGAAGAGCGAGAGAAACGAAUUUGGAAGCCCUCUCAUAGAUAUCACCACAAAAAGCACAGACGGAGUAUUUUUUUUGAGCAUGAACCAGAGGAUCUUAACUCCGAAGAGAGGAGGCCUGAAGAGCUGGAGGAGAGCGAAGAGAUAGAUAAGCGCAUUUGGAAACCCACUCACAGGUACCACCAUAAAAAGCACAGGCGGAGCGGAGACUCUUUGGACGAAGAGUCAGAGGAAUUGAACUCAGAGGAGAAGAGGUCUGAAUUUUCAGAGGAGAGUGAAGAGAGAGAAAAAAGGAUUCAGAAACCCUCUCACAGGCACCACCACAAAAAGCCCAGACGGAGUGGAGAACCUUCUGAUGAAGAGUCAGAGGAGCUCACUUCCCAAGAGAAGAGAUCUGAGGAGUCGGAGGAGAGCGAGGAGAGACACAAACGCAUUUGGAAACCCUCUCAUAGAUACCACCACAAAAAGCACAGGCGGAAUGAAGAUUCAUUGGACGAAGAGGAGAAGAGGAGCCAAUCGGAUGAAAGCGAGGAGGAAGAGAGGGAUGAGGAAAAACGACACCACGACGAGGAGGUCUCCAAACGGCACAGCCUGGAGGAAGAGGAAGACGAGCUGGAAAAGAGGCAUCACCUGUCAGAAAAGAGACACCACGCUGGUGAGGAGGCGAAGAGGCACCACGAGGACGAGAAACGUCACGACGAUGACGAGGAGGAGGAAGAUGAGAGGGAGGCAGCUAUGAGGUACCUCCUGGCCAAAAAGAGUAAAGAAGCGGAACCGCACCUCCUGAGUGAGGAGGAGACGUAUGAAAAGAGGUCCCCUUGGGAGUACCGGGGCUACUAUCACCCCGCCUGGUGGAAACGUGCUGUUCUGAGGGGGGGAGGACAGGAGACAGAGGAGGACAGGAGGCAGGCGGAGGGGGACUGGUGGAGCAGGAGACUGGACAGCGCGGAGGCUCUCCCCCAGCGCCUCCAGGAGAAGAGACCGUAUCCAGCCAACAAAAUGGACGAGCUCGCCAAAUUCCUCAACUACAAGAGAGCCGAGUUUAACGGCCUGUCGGAGCCGGAGGAGGAAAAGAGGACUCUUCAUAAGAGACCUCUCACUCCAGAGGAGGAAAAGGAGCUGGAGAACCUAGCUGCCAUGGACAUGGAGCUGCAGAAAAUAGCAGAGAAGAUUCAUGAGACCCGGAGAGACUGAACCGCGACACAAAGAUACCAUUCCAGAGCUAGAGAACUUAGUGAGAACUACAGGCGCCAUCUAACUCGCGGACAUGUUGAUCUUCAGUUUAAAGAAAAUUGAAUGCAUAAAAAUAAAAAAAUAAAGUCUUGUUCCUGAUGCACUGGAGUAAAUAUUUGUAUUUGUGCAAUUUUAAAAAAGAUAACUGGCAUGGGAAUUAUUUAGAAUUAAAUAGAUACUUAUAAGAAAAAAAGUGUUUUGCUUAUGUGUUAAUUCUGAAUGAUUGUUUUGUGUUCUUGACAGAUCAUUGUUUUUCUGGUCUUUGCCUUUGCAGUCAAUAAAAA